AUGACAGCCAGCGACGUGUAUGAAAAUGCCGGCACCAAAGUCCUGCGGCCAGCAUAUCUCGCUCAUGUGGUCUUGCGCACGCCCGACCCGGAGAGUUUCAAGGCCAUGUGCGACUUCUACGUGAAGUUUCUCAACGCCGAAAUCACGUACCGCAACAACGUGCUCUGCUUCCUCACGUACGACGAGGAGCACCAUCGCAUCGCCUUUGGCAUUUUCCCAGACACGGUCAAGCGCGUGGGAAAGCCGGCAGGCCUGGCCCACAUUGCCUUUACAUACAACACGUUGCAGGAUCUUGCCGUGUCGUAUCGUCAGCGCAAAGCCCUGGGGCUCACUCCCUUCUGGUGCGUGAACCACGGUCCGACAACGAGCCCGUAUUUCCGAGAUCCCGAUGGGAACGAGCUCGAGACGCAGGUGGACAAUUUUGAUACUCCGCAAGAGGCCAGCGAGUUUUUUGCUUCCAAGGAAUUUGAGGACAAUCCUAUAGGAGUCGACUUUGAUCCUGAGGAGCUCAUUGAACGACUGAAAAGUGGAGAGGACGACAGGUCGAUCAAGAAGAGGAAGAAUAUUGGUAUGAAAUGCAAGUUCAACCACGUUGCCGUCGCCGUAGACGAUCUCGACGCUGCGGUCAAAUGGUACACAGAAACGCUCGGUUUCCACCAGAUCAUACCCGCUGCGCACAUGAGCCGAAAACAAGAUCCGCAUGGAAUAGUCUUUCGAGUCUACGGUCCGGACCUCCACGACGUCAAGGUCGCCUACUUGGGUGCCGAGAAUCAGAUCGGGUUUGAGAUCUUUCAAUUCAUCGACCCACCGCACCAGGGCGCCACAAUUGCGUCUCCGGCCUUGUUCGACGCCAGAGCAUGGACGCGUGGGGGCUUCUUCCACAUCGCCGUGACCACGACGGAACCAGAGAUGCUGGCGGAAAGGGUGCAGGUGGCAGGCGGUAAGCGCGUUGGGAAGUCUGUGACGCUGCCGAACGGCGAGACGGCUCUGUACGUGCAAGAUCCUUGGGGCAAUGUUAUUGAGGUUUGCUCUGCGGAUUUUGAACGCUUGAUUACUCCUCGGGCGGGUGAUGAUGGGCUAUGUUAG